CUCUAGUCAGUCGUCUGAUUUGAUGGUGAAGUGUGGGUGAGAUUUUAUAUUACCUAAAUAUGAUUAAAAUGUGCAAGUCCAAAUGUCCAAGGUUUCCCGUGGUGAGGAAAUGCUGUUUUUGUGUGCCCAUUCGGAAAGGAGUCACCAUAUUUGGAUAUGUUAACUUGAUACUAUCGCUGCUGUCGAUCCCGCUCCUCGUGUUCCUCCUGGUGGAAGAAGCAACGAAAGAAACCUCAAUAUUGAUAGAACCUACGAGCCACAUGGACCCGCUGGUGCACCUUCCAUUGACCAUAGGCUUCGUUGCCGUCGACGUCAUUAUGACCAUACUGCUUCUCAUUGGAGCUCAUCGGAAGCAACAAAUUCUGCUUAAAAUCUACUUCUACUUUGGCGUCGUGUUCCAGCUCCUCACACUAUGCGUCGACUUGAUCUACUUCGAUUACCGAGAGUACAUCGAGAACACACUGUAUUUCUUCUGCUUAGGGUUGAAUGUAUACCUUCUGUUCCUGGUGUACAACACAGUGCACCUGAUCGAGGAAACCUCGGAGGUCCAGUACAUCGCGUACCGGGACGCGCAGGCGGGGCCCUGACGUCUACCCACCAUCGACACCGCGCGUCACGUCGCCAACUCAAUGAUAACCCGUCCUCACUAAGCUACAAAUGCAGGCAGCGCUACGCGGCACGAUACGAUUAUCUCUCAUCCUAUGCCGGCUCCACACUAUCCUCGAACUGAGACAGAUACCGUCGCGAAUGCAUGAAUAUUGCGUAGUUUGUAUGAUUGCUUUUAUUUAACGCAAUGAAAACCCAGUGACGUCUCCGUCAAAGUAAGGCGAACUGGACUGUAUCUGUACUGGCGAGUGUGGAGCCAGCAUUAAAUGAACCCGGCUGCGAAGCCCGGGAUCAGCGUAAAAAAUAAACUUCAGUGAUUUUACAACCGGCCGCCUGCUUGAAGUCAAUCCUCUUUGGGAAUGCUAUUGUUAUCUGCCUAGCCUAUCCUAUCGACUGCCAAGGCAAUGUGACCCUUAGUCGCUUCGUCGAAGAUAUCCACGAGAGCUUCAUAAUGGAGCUAUAUACAUAAUAUACAAGGACAACGAUUCGACUCUUUAUCUAUUAACUAUUAUGAAAUAUUGUAUAUAAGUGUGGCCUAUGUUGGUUGUCUUUCGUAAAGUUUCGUGCCAGUAUAGCGUCGCGUCGCAUCGCAUUGUACCUACAGCACGGACGCUCAAUGAGGACUGAGACAAUUUAAUUUUUUGUAUCGCACUUGCAAACUGACUCAAUAAUUAUUUCGGCAUCA